AUGUGCCGAAUGGUGACCUUCUCCGGCACCUGCCCCCGCUGCGCCCACGCCUUCACCUGGCACGACCUGACGCAGGAGCUCUCGUGCCUCGAGGCCAAGAACGCCGGCGUCUUCGGCGAGUGCCGCCGCGGCGCCCUGGUCGAGGCCCACAGCUUCGACCAGGAGUGCGACGCCUGCGCCGCCGACGAGGGCGUCGGCGGGCUGGACGACGACUACUACUACGACUACAACCACGAGUACGGGGAGACGACGGAGGGGGAGGGGAAGGAGAAAAAAGGGCAAGAAGCAGAGGACCAUGUCGUCGAUGACGACCUCCUUCUCGCCCGGGCACGGAAGGGGGAGAAGAAGAAGGCGGAGAAGGGCGGGGGCGGGAGCAAGGACGAGGCGCGCCGGAAGGGCAUGGUCGACGCCGACAGGGAGACGGCCGACGACAGCCGGAGAAGGAAAAAGCAGCGCAUAUCGUGA